CACUUCUCCCGGGCUAACCCGAACUCUUCCGUGACCCCCGCGUGCCCUCAGGCCGCCCACCCGCCCGGAGCUCCGGACAACUUUAGGGGUAGGGUGCGUAGAAAGUUUGCGGCUCCCGCCGCCCAUCUCCACGCCUCUCGGCCUAGGAGGCUCUCCGCCCGCGCCCUCCUCGCUCGGCCUUGCCUGGGACCGUGUCCUUGCCCCGCCACCGCCACCAUGAACAAGCUUUACAUCGGCAACCUCAACGAAAGCGUGACCCCCGCAGACUUGGAGAAAGUAUUUGCGGAGCACAAGAUCUCCUACAGCGGCCAGUUCUUGGUCAAAUCCGGCUACGCCUUCGUGGACUGCCCCGACGAGCACUGGGCGAUGAAGGCCAUCGAAACUUUCUCGGGGAAAGUAGAACUGCAAGGAAAACGCUUAGAGAUUGAACACUCGGUCCCCAAAAAACAAAGGAGUCGGAAAAUACAGAUCCGAAACAUUCCGCCUCAGCUCCGAUGGGAAGUGCUAGAUAGCCUGCUGGCUCAGUACGGUACAGUGGAGAACUGUGAGCAAGUGAACACGGAAAGUGAGACAGCGGUGGUCAACGUCACCUACUCCAACCGGGAGCAGACCAGGCAAGCCAUCAUGAAGCUAAACGGCCAUCAACUAGAGAACCAUGCCCUGAAGGUCUCCUACAUACCCGAUGAGCAGAUAGCACAAGGUCCUGAGAAUGGGCGCCGUGGAGGCUUUGGGUCUCGGGGCCAGCCUCGGCAAGGGUCACCUGUGGCAGCGGGGGCCCCAGCCAAGCAGCAGCAAGUGGACAUCCCCCUCCGGCUCCUGGUGCCCACGCAGUAUGUAGGUGCUAUCAUUGGCAAGGAGGGUGCCACCAUCCGAAACAUCACAAAGCAGACUCAGUCCAAGAUAGACGUGCAUAGGAAGGAGAAUGCAGGAGCUGCGGAGAAGGCCAUCAGUGUUCAUUCAACCCCUGAAGGCUGCUCCUCGGCCUGUAAGAUGAUCUUGGAGAUUAUGCACAAGGAGGCAAAGGACACCAAAACGGCAGAUGAAGUUCCCCUGAAGAUCCUGGCUCAUAAUAACUUUGUGGGGCGACUCAUUGGCAAGGAAGGGCGGAACUUGAAGAAGGUGGAGCAGGAUACCGAGACAAAGAUCACCAUCUCGUCGCUCCAGGAUCUUACGCUCUAUAACCCAGAACGGACCAUCACUGUGAAGGGGGCCAUUGAGAACUGCUGCAGGGCUGAGCAGGAGAUCAUGAAGAAAGUUCGAGAGGCUUAUGAGAAUGACGUGGCUGCCAUGAGCCUGCAGUCCCACCUCAUCCCUGGUCUCAACCUGGCUGCUGUAGGUCUCUUCCCAGCUUCGUCCAGUGCUGUCCCGCCUCCCCCCAGCAGUGUCACUGGGGCUGCUCCCUAUAGCUCCUUCAUGCAGGCUCCGGAGCAGGAGAUGGUACAGGUGUUCAUCCCCGCCCAGGCUGUGGGCGCCAUCAUCGGCAAGAAGGGCCAGCACAUCAAACAGCUCUCCCGGUUCGCCAGCGCCUCCAUCAAGAUUGCUCCACCAGAAACACCUGAUUCCAAAGUUCGGAUGGUUGUCAUCACUGGACCCCCAGAGGCUCAGUUCAAGGCUCAGGGAAGAAUCUAUGGCAAACUAAAAGAAGAGAAUUUCUUCGGUCCCAAGGAGGAAGUAAAGCUGGAGACCCACAUACGGGUUCCAGCUUCAGCAGCCGGCCGAGUCAUUGGCAAAGGCGGCAAAACGGUGAAUGAGCUGCAGAACUUGACCGCAGCAGAGGUGGUAGUGCCAAGAGACCAGACCCCGGACGAGAAUGACCAAGUCAUUGUCAAGAUCAUCGGACAUUUCUAUGCCAGCCAGAUGGCCCAACGGAAGAUCCGAGACAUUCUGGCUCAAGUUAAGCAACAGCACCAGAAGGGACAGAGCAACCAGGCCCAGGCACGGAGGAAGUGACCCUGCCCUUUCCUGUCCCAUUGGCUCCAGAUCAGCAGGCGGAACACAGAACUGGAGGGCGGGUGGAGGGCCGGUGUGCUCUUCCCAGCAGGCCUGAGAAUGAGUGGGAAUCAGGGCAUUUGGGCCUGGCUGGAGAUCAGGUUUACACACUGUCUUGAGGAAAAUGUUCCAGUGAGGAAUCCUGAUCUCUCGCCCCCAAU